CAUAAUUACUUACAAAUAAAAUUAAGUAGCUAAGAUUAUAAUUUUUAAAAUUAAUAUUAAAUAAUUUAAAUAAAAGUUCUGUAAAAAGGAUUUGUUUGGUAUAAAAUCAGGUGCUUAGGUUUAGACGUCCGACACUCUGCAGCACGACGACGACGUCUAAUCAGACGGAAAAAAGCAUGGAAACCCAGCAAGACGAAUUUAUGCGGCAAGAGGUAACUGAGCAACUUAUAUCUAAUGUAAUUGCGUACCACGCAGACUUGGAAAAUGUGGCGAACAAAAUGAUUGAGGCGGCUACAGUAUCGCCUGGAGCGCAAAGAACGGGAAAUAGUCUUGCGAACGAAAUAGGAACAGCCACUUCGGGUUACAAUGUUGACAAUGCUAAAGAUAAUAUUUCAUCCGACCUGUCUUCAUCUUCGUCGGAGCCAGGCACUACAGAGCAUAAACAUGUGUUGGAAGAUUUUAAUAAUCGCUACUACAACAACGGACUUGAACCACCCAACGGUGGGCCUGUACGCACCAAAAAAAAUGUUUCUGGCGACAGCGAUUACGAUUAUGACACAGAUGAUCUAGGACCUUCGGCAAAUCGUAACGUCUACAACGGAACCCCUUUCGAAGACUUGGUACCAAUUGGACUGGGCACUGCCAGGGUGUCUUUGAAUUAUUUCCAAUCUAUCAAGUGGGAUCCUGCCUCGUAUGCUAUUGCGACCAAAAAGUUGAUGUCCGCCAUAUUCACUCGCGAGACUAUGGCCACCCACUGCUUACCAGGCAAUGAAACAUUGCCAGGCAGGGGUACUAGGAAGCCACUGGAUGAGCGCCUGGUAGGUGACAUCAUACACACAGUUGUUCAGCUCUGUAAGGUGCCGGUCAAAGCAGUCAGGAAAGUAAUUACUACAAUGUGCUAUGAUGAACGGAAGGUAUGUGACAUACGUAAGAGAAAUAAGGAUUCCGAGACGAGUACUACAGAAAGUUUUAGUGAUGAUACCGAUUCAGCUGGUGAAGGGCCGUCUACCACGACACAUUAAAUUAAAUCUGGAAUUAAUACUUAUUAAUAUAAUUAUCAAUUAUUUAUUAUUAAGUUAUAAUAUAUCUGCAUUGAAUGAGAUGUAAAGGUAUAAAUGAUGACCCGUCUUAUUACACGAAGGCACAAUUACAUCAAUAUUCUGAUCAUAAGAAACAGAAGCAACAUAGCAACAUAAUUCUAUACAUAGUGUGAUCCAAAUAUAAAGCAACAAUUAUUUUUAUAUAAUGCUUCUGCCAUUACAUUGUAUUUUGGAAUAAUUAUGUACCUACUCGAGUAAUGAGAAAAUGGGACGAACAUGAAAAUAACAGAUUGUGAUAUUGUAUAUUGACUAAAUAAUGCUGAAUGCCUUGACAGUGGAACUCGGCAAAUUGGCAAAUACAGACAUCGUAUUCUAUUCCUAAUUUAAAAAAUAAUCUAAUCAGGUGCCGAUUGCCGAAACCGCAUCAGUACGUACUGCUAAGGCGUGUUAUAAGGUAUAUUGCUCAUUCUAUGACUAAGGUUAGAAGAUAGAAGAAAACAUGAAGCUUGUGUUAUUUUAUAAUUUUAAAAAGUUACGAAGGGUAAUUAUAAUUAUAAAUUCACUUUUUAACACAUUUUCACCAUCUGAAAGAGUCGACGUUGAAAGUGCAACAACGAAUUUACAAAACAAAAGAAUUUAAUUUGUAAAAUAAAUUUUCGGUUGUUUAUUUUGUAAAAUAACACGGUUCUGUUAGAUUCGCUAGCUUUUAAAUUAUAUUUUUUUUAUUUAUUUAACUCUAAGAACAAAACUCGUAACGCCCGUGUCAACGUGGGACAGAAAAGAUAAUAGAUAAUAAGUAUUAAGUAUAAAACGAUACAGUAAAUAGCUGCUGUUAAUCAAAAUAAUUAUUCAUAAAAAUAAAUUAUUGAUAAAAUAAUAAUAUUAAAUUAAAACACCGAAACUAUACUAAUAGGUACAUACUGCUACCUGAUAUUUUAAUUAGUAUUACUAACAACGACUUAUAAUACGAUACAGUACAAGUUAAGAGUAACAUUAAUUAUAACGAUUACAAUAUCGCUCGGCGAAGCGUGGAUAUUUAGUUCAUAUACGGUGGAUGUACCUCUGGUUAGACUAAUUAGGAAUGUAGUCUUGAGUUUACGCGGUUAUUAUCAUAAUUAAAGCACAUAAUAAUGGGUUCUUACCGCGUUUAAAUGGGGAUAUGAGACUCCCGAUAUUUCGACACUGUUGCAAGUGCCAUGAUCACGGGAUGACUGUCUCAUAUCCCCAUUUAAACGCGGUAAGAACCCGUUAUUAUGUGCUUUAAUUAUGUAGUCUUGAGUCAUGACCCGAUUAUAAACAUUCUUAGGUAGGUACUUAUAUUCUAAAUAAGACGAAAUUUCAAAUAAGUAUUUAUGAUACUUAGGAGUGACGUCAUGAGAGGUUUCAUACACUCGUAUUGGAGUCGUAACGUGGAAUUACUUCCUAUUUUGUCGCGGCAUUUGUGAUGCCACUUUUAAAGGACAGGCACGUGGCAUCUUAUUUAGAUUAUUACACGUGUCUAUGCGUAUUCACCUUCAUAGGUGAAAAUUAAAUUAACUUACCUUAUUCAUUACUUUCCCGACGUUUCGAUCGCGCGACCAAACGUUGUAUCUUUAUUUUCGUCUGCUAGUUAUUUAUGCACCUAUUGAAAUUAUGCUGACUCUGGAAGGUAAUAGGACACCAUUCUGUUGUUUCCUACCUAUUUGUGCUUCCUACCUACGAGAUUUAUCUCUUAUUGGAGUGGAAGGUAAAAAUGUUCUUUCUAGGUACCUUUGUCGCGACGUCGAAGACAUUAAAAUUUGUGCUUCUACACUUUGCUGCGGAACAUCUUA